GUUGUGGGUUGUGCUAAACAGACUUUCCCUCAGGAAGUACCUCCUGCUUCUUAUGCAAAGCUUACUUUGUACUAGAGGCAAACUGAACUGGACGGACAGCUGUAGUUUCAACAGAGCGAUGGGAACCGAUGCACCUUUAUUGUUGGCUGCAGUGUCUCUUCUGUCAGCCCUUCAAAUGGGCUUCUUGGCCCGGCGGGUUGGUUUGUCCAGGAUAGCCCAUAAGGUUCUGCCUCCCUCUGUCACUGGACCUCCAGAGUUUGAGAGAACUUUCCGCGCACAUCAGAACUGUGUGGAGUGUUACCCUGUAUUCUUGGUGACGCUGUGGAGCUGCGGUCUGUUCUUCAGUGAGGUGACUGCUGCAGUAGCAGGACUGGUGUACAUAAUUGCCCGACAGAUAUACGCCAACGGAUAUGUCAAGUCCACCAAGAAGAGGUUACCUGGGUUUUACCUAACUAUGGCUGUCUUUGUCACUCUGUCUCUGCUGGGUUUGGUUGGAAUACUGCAUAAAAUACUGCACAAGUACUUCAAGAUCCACCUCUGAAGAUUUCACUUCCACCAAAUUAUGCAGAACGUAUGAAGUGAGGGUUAUUCCAGAAAUUGGUUUACAGGAUGCUCAUCUGUUUCUAAUGAUGUCUAAAAUCCAGGAUCAUCCUUUCAAAUGUGUUAUUGUUUGUGGCCCUGCAGGCCUCUUUAGAUCUGACAUAUUUUAUGGAACAGUUUGCUUUUGGUGUCUCAUUUUUCUCAAUAACAAUCCCAGUCUGUCAUGUAUUCAUAUUAUAAGACAUGUAAUAUAUCACUGCCCUGCACAGUGACUUCUUACAUUUCACUGUGGUCAGUUUAUACAACCAAACAAACUCAAGUUUGAUAUAGGUGAAAAUAAAAUAUGUCUUUAUUGAGUUUUGGGUUUCAUUUUGUGCAUUCAUCAUGUAUUUUGAACACAAAUGGACAUCUUGAAAGUAAGGUUAAUUUUCCUUUAAAAGUUCU